CCCGCUCGGUUUGUCCAAGAGAUUCCCCGAGCCUCGCUCUGGCAAAGGCAGCCCCGCACUGCGCAGUUGCACGAGGUGCCUUCGCCUCGCCUUUCGCUUCUCUGUGCGGAGAACCGGGAUCGCGACGGACGAUCCUUCCUUCCUUCCUUCCCUCCCUCCUCCUCCUCCAAACGAUCUUUCAGGGGUUCCUGGGGAGCGAGAGGGACGAGCUCAGCCGGGCCAGCGCUCCCCGCUCGUGGGAUAAACGCGCGGGAAACGACUGGCAGCAAACCCGGGCCAUGAAAGGCGAAGAAAUAGUCCGCCACUUUGCGCUGCUCUGCGGGAGGGCCACGCCCUCCCGGACUCUGGCCUGAGGCAGCGCUGCCGUGGAAGGAUUCGGCUCUUCUUCUCGCCCUCUUGCCCCCCCCCCAUGUCAGGGCCUUCGUUUCUCCAAUGCAGUUAGCAGGGCUGCGCUCCCUAUGGCCGAUAAGAGAGUGAGAGUGUGAGAGAGCGCGAGAGAGCGCGCGCGUGUUUUAUGGAAUCCAACCAGCCACCCUUUUCCAACGCCAACAUAGCGGAUUGAUUUACUUCGAGUAUUGGUAAAUAUGAUCACGUGGGCGGAGGGACCAAUAGUUGAAGCUGGGAAAGGCUGCAAAAUUCCAAGCAGAAUUUUUUUUUUUCCCCGGACUGGGAGAAAAUCCCCAGUUAACAGUGUUAACCGUUUUGUUUUUUUUUGAAUCUCUCUCUCUCUCUCUCUCUCUCUCUCUCUCCCCCACACACACACGACCCACCCCAUGCCGUGCCACGGAGGGAAUCUCCCCAAAAUGUCGUCGGGCGGCGGCACCCUCCGUAACUACUACGUGGACUCGCUCAUAGGCCCCGACGCCGAGGAAGGGUACUAUGGAGGGGGAGCAGGCGGCGGGCCCGGCCGGUUCCUACCAGGUCACCCCCUCGCCGCCCCCCGGUUGCCUUCAGGUGUGGCAACCGAGGGACCGGAGUUCGCCCCCUGCAGCUUUACCCCCAAGCCGCCCGUCUUCUCCUCCUGGCCGGCCCGUCCGCCUCCGGCUCAGCCCUCCACCCCGCUGCCGGGCAUCUACCCUCCGUACGUGGCCCCGCCGCACCUUGGAGGGUCGGGCGAGGGGGGCAGGUACGUCCCUCCCUGGCUCGAUCCUUACGCUUCCUUCCGCGGCAGCCACCGCGCCGCACUCUCGGCUGCGCCCACCGGCUCCGACCGAGACGCCGUCGCAGCCCCCGGAGCCCACUACGGGAUCGGCAAGCCGGAGCCCGCCGCCUCUGCGUCCCUUGAGCCCCGAGCCUUCGCUUCUACUGCAUCCGUCCCGUCCUGCGCGUCCGGUUCUGCAGCCCCGCGGACUGAGAGCUGCUCGGCCGCGGUCCGUUCCCCCGGGCCCGACUACGCCUGCGACUCCUUUCUGGCAGCGGCCGGCCAAAAGACGACUGCCGGGCUGGGUGGACCCGCUCUCGCCUCCACGGCCGGCAACGCCAGCCUCAGCCCGGCCAAGCCAGCCUCUGGAGGCAGCCGUAACCCCAGCCCGCUCAGCGACCUGAAGGAGGAAAAAGAGGAGCGGCAGCAGCAGCAGCAGCAGCUUGGCCCAAAUAACCCGGCUGCAAACUGGAUUCAUGCUCGCUGCACCAGGAAAAAGCGUUGCCCUUACACCAAAUUCCAGACUCUGGAACUGGAAAAGGAAUUCCUCUUUAAUAUGUACCUCACCCGAGAACGGCGCUUUGAAGUGGCUAGGAUUUUAAACCUCACAGAGAGACAGGUUAAAAUAUGGUUUCAGAACCGAAGAAUGAAAAUGAAAAAAAUGAAUAAAGGGAAAAGGGAAUAAAGGAGAGUAACACUUUGGGGCAUGUAUUUGUGAAAAUAUUGUAGCGUGGAUGGGGUUUUUUUUAUGAUGCACACAAACACACAUGUAUACACAGCACUGCAGCAAUUAAUUGUUCUUAAAUGUUAUUUUCUCAGGUACCUUGAUUCAAACUUUAGAUGAGUGCAUUUUUUUAAAAAAAUGAAAGAUCAGGCGAAUGACACUUUAGAAUGAAAAGGGGUGAACGGGAAAUCUUUCUGGGGCAGAGAAUACUUCUGCGAAAAGGUGGGGAGGUUUUCUUUCAUCUUCCACUUGGUUUUGAGAUAUAGUGUGUGCAUAUUGUUUGGGGGGGGAGUUUAUUGUGUGAUGUGCUUUGCACAAGUGUCUUAGAACACCCCCCUUUCCGGUGUCUUGCCCAGAGUUGCAGCAAAGUUAAGGAGCUUCAGGAUAGAGCUGAAUGAUCAAGGAAGCUUUUUUAAGGCACUAGCACACAAAGCCUGCACUUCCUCAAAGUCAGCUUGACUGUUUCCCCAAUCUCUCUGGGUUCUGUAUACUAGGUUUUCCAGGACUCAUGUCAGAGAGGGGGAAGAGGAUGGGGAUUCUUAUGUGUGGCUAAACUAUUAGAUUCAUCAUCUAGCACUGGUGGGAACUUAAUUAUUCAAGUCUUAAUCAAGAACCUAAGAAUUAUUCAGGUAGUCUCUAAGAAUAUAGGCAAUCCCAAGCAGGGUAGGGUUCCCGUCCCCUAAAAUGAAGGGAGAUUAUUAUUAUAAUGGUUGAUUAAAUAGCCAGUUAUGAGACUGGCCUUCAUUCUCAUUGAGUUCUUCCCAAGAACCUAAGAUGUCAUAAUUAUAAUCUUAAUCGGCAUAGUAUAUGUGUGGAUCCAAGCAGUGGCCUUUUGUAAUUGACAGAUGGAAAUUUUGUCACUGAGAAGUUGCCAUCCAAGAUUUUUGGGUAUGGCAUCGAGGGUGCCAUUAUUAUUAUUAUUAUUAUUAUUAUUAUUAUUAUUAUUAUUAUUAUUAUUAUUAUUAUUAUUAUUAUUAUUAUUAUUAAACACAGCUUCCUUUCUUCAGUGCAGUGUAUUAAGAGUGGUACUUGAAACUUUAUUAAUAUUCGUAGGCCUAAAACACUUUGGCUCGCAGUCUGUAUUUCUGUUUUAUUUUCGAUUCUAUUUAAGAACGAAUUAUUAUUAUCCAUUCACAACAAUGUGAUGCCAGUUCUUUAGCUAGUGUUGGCCUUUAUACAUAUCGAGAUCUGAGAUAUAUCAGUAGUAUAUAUGUGGCUCAUAUGGUGUUUUAGAGCUGACAGAAGGAAAAGUUGUCAACGGGCAGAUUUUCUAAGUGCAGCCAAGAUUUUUGGGUAUGGCACCCAGCAUGCUGAAAACCACUAGGACAACCACAGCCGGUUUAUGCCAUAAUCUUUCAAUUUUGAUUUUCAGAUCUUGAUACCUUGUGAUAAAGAAUUCUACAAUCCAUUAUCUUCUAUUAUUAAUUUGCUUAUUGUUCCCUGUUUUUUGUUUGCUUGCUUGUAUAUGUCCCAGGUUCUGGAAUAAAAUUUGGGCUCAUGAAAAGAAAAUUUCCAGCUUUUGAAGGGGAAAGCAAGUGGGAAGACAGAUUUUCUAAGUGUGACAUAGGUGCCAUAAGGCCCAAUCCUACAUCUUGCCUCUCUAUAUCCCCAAAAUUGCUACCGCCAUUUCUACCAGAUCAUCCUUAGUCUAAAGACAAUGACUGGCAGCAUAGAAAGACCAGCUCCAUUCUUCAAAAGUCUUUUCAGUGACUGAAGGAUUUUCUUCCAACAGAUUACCAACCUAGGAAACAACAGUAUUUUUCUUGCUGGCAUCCUACAAACAUAUUGCUUGUUCAGAAAAUAAUAAUAAAAAAUUUAAAAAAACAGUACAAAUAAAAAAACAGU